GGAGAUUCGGACUGAUCAUUGCUGUUUUGGGCUUAGCAGGUGACUGUUUUCUCAUGCCAUGGGCCUCACGCAUCUCCACUGGCGGUUGAUCUUGGAGUGUUUGCCUGUUGAGGAGGCCUUUGGGGCGGCCAGGGUGUGUCGAAACCUCUGCUUUGCCCAGGAACAGCUUGAUGCCAGGGCCUAUGUGAAAGAAAUUCGGCCCUCCACCUGGCUCGGCUGGAUUUAUUCCGAGCCAAUGGGCCAGAGCUUUUGGCGCCAGCUGCUGCGUGAGUGGCACCUGUGCUUGAAAACUUCGGCUUUGCAAGUGGCCUUUGUUAAUGGCCAUGGGCAUGUGAUCGCUGUCGAGGAAAACACCGCUUUGGCAUCGCCCCCACAGCGGGGAGAUCCCUUUCCGAUCGAUUGGGACGAUGAGUUGUAUUUCUGCUCCAUUGAGCCCUUCGAUCUGGAGGCGAUCUGGUGGCACUUCCUAGAGCCGCAGCUCUUCGAAUGGGACGAGCACGGUCUGGAGCCGGUGCCAGGUUACAAGGGCGACCUAUCAGUCCCCAGGAGACUAUUGGAUGAAACCAUCGCAGUGCUGGCGCUGAACGCCGCAUGGUUUUGGUUGAGCUAUUGGAUCCGACAGCUCCAAGCCAUUUUGCUCCUUCGUGAUGGCCGGUUCUUGCUCAUUGGCACAUCGGAGGACCAAGCCUCCAUCCAAUCUCAGGUCACGGUCCGCGCGUGCCGAGUCUUCGUGGCCGACUCGCUGGGUGCACUGGUGGCCUAUGCACAGGAUGACCGAAGCCGUGAGAUCCUCCGGACGCAGCUGCCAGGCUCUUCUUCGCUGUCGGCGACGGCCGACUUCUCGCUGAGACGAGUGAAGAUGCCGCGGGUGACGGUGGAUCGUUGGUCCGAGUUCUCGCGAUUUCAAGACAUCUUCGGCGAUUGGCGGAAGCCCUACGCGCCAGCGAAGACGCCAGCGAAGGCCCCGAGGCCCAAGGGCGUCUUGUACAGCUAUCGGCCUACAGCUGCGAAGCCAACCGAGCAACAACUCCGGAAUGGCAUGCGGUGUCGUGUCCGGCGUGAGGGCGAGGCCUUGGUCUGGAAGAGGUGCAGAUGCGAGGGCUGGGACAUCGGACCGGUGGCGCCUGAGUUGGAGCGAGAAUACGUGGAACAGGCAUGGCGGGAAGACAGGAGAUGGAGGAGUGUCUCUGUUCUCUCGCUCCGAAGGGAUUCGUACUACAGCGCGGUGGUCUCACAGGUGAUUAGCCCGACCGUGGUUGACAUCCAGUACACAAAUCCAACUGAAUGGGAGGACCUUACCACCGAAAAGUUGAUCGACCUGGAUGUGGACAUCGGGCGCAUCAGAGUGCUGCCUUCCAACAGCUGGUACAGGUCCUUCCUCGAGGUCUGGGUGCCCUUUCCGGGAGGUCACUGCGGUACCCGCGACUUUGGACCGACCUCCCCACAGCGAACCUCGCGGAACGGCGCCACGGCGAGGGCACCACCGGAGUCACCGGGGCCGGACACGGAGUGCACCGACACGGAGUCGGUGGGGAACCCGACCGACGGCAGCUUGAAACUCGCUGAAGUCUUCGCGGAUUCUUUGGAAGCGCACAUCUUCAGAUGUAAGACACUCUCAGAAGAGAAGACGAUGCUCGAGGAGGAGCGAGAUGCCAUUGAACAACUCCAUGAAGUGAGGGCCUCACCCCGAGGCAAAGACAUGGCCUUGGCGAAGAGGCUCUUCCUGCAACUUUUGCGCACGCCCUUCUGGAUGAAGUGGACCGGCCCUCUGCAGGGGGAGAGCCCCGCAAGAGUGAGGAGAGUCUCGCCGAGGGCCGGGGUGUUCUUCGAGCGCUUGGAAAUUGCUUGAUUGUUUGAAACGCUUGGUUUAUAGGUUCAGGUUCGCUGGCAGACGUGUUGUACAUAGUGGCAGCGGAUAGCUCAUCCAAGAUGGGUAGAUCUAUACGCUCCAAUCCGCUGGACAGGAAGCGAGUCCUCGGCCGCGAAACAUGUUAGGCUGAAAGGUCUGUGGAGAUGGGGCAAGUGACUGAGGGC